GUGGAAGCAAGUGCUGCAAGAGAGUGACAUUCACGAUCUUCUCAUCCUCUCUCAUACCAUUUUUUCUCGUUGAAAGUUCCUCUCUUUCGGAUCACCACAUGACCGUUUCCUUCUCUGUUCUUUUCCCAAAUAAAAAACAAAAACAAAAUCCUCUCUCUCUCUUCUUGGCGUCUUUUCUUGCUGCGAGAGUCAUCUCUCAUUUUUCUAUUCCAUGUAGGUUAUACCUUUGUGGGAUUCUUUGACCCACUUUCUUUCUUUCCUCCAAGACUCUUUUUUUUUUUCGUUUUGUUUUGUUUUCUGAGCCCAAGGAAGCCUUUUUCUUUUGCCAUUCUCGUUGUGUGGAAGAUUCUACCAAGUGGGGUGUUUUCUCUUUGCGUGCGUGUUUGUUUGUCUUUUUCUCUGUGUUGAUGGGUUGUUGAUGUCCCUGGCCAUUGUGAAAGACAUGGGUUUUGAUGACAACGCGGAAGACAAUGAGGGUGCCUCUCGAAAAACUGGCACUGAUCAUCAUGAAGAAAGUGCAGAUGAAGGAGGGAACCUCAGCAGAUACAAGAGUGAGAGUUCCGUUGCUGCUACCGAGGAUGAAGAUGAUGAUGAGGAGAGGAAGAUUGAAUUGGGCCCUCAGUUCACUUUAAAGGAGCAACUCGAGAAGGAUAAGGAUGAUGAGAGCUUGAGGAGGUGGAAGGAGCAGCUUCUUGGAAGUGUUGACAUAAAUUCUGUUGGAGAAACUCUGGAGCCAAAUGUGAGGAUCCUCAGCCUUGCAAUUAAGUCUGCUGAUAGAGCUGACAUUGUUCUUGCAAUACCAGAGGAUGGAAAUCCCAAGGGUUUGUGGUUUACUUUGAAAGAGGGUAGUCGUUACAGUCUGAUGUUCACUUUCCAGGUAGAGAAUAACAUCGUUUCAGGUCUCAAAUACACCAACACUGUGUGGAAAACUGGCAUCAAAGUUGACAGCACUAAAGAAAUGAUUGGAACCUUCAGCCCCCAAGCAGAGACUUAUACACAUGAGAUGCCUGAAGAGACAACACCAUCUGGGAUGUUUGCUAGAGGAACAUAUUCAGCAAGAAGUAAGUUUGUUGAUGAUGACAACAAGUGCUACUUAGAGAUCAACUACACUUUUGAUAUUCGAAAGGAAUGGCAGUAGGAGUCAAUGGACUUCUCCUUCAGUGAGAUGUUCAAUCCUAAGUCAUUGUUAUUUGUGCUGAAAUCUCCUUCAGUGUUUACCUGCUUCUUUUUCAUUGUUUAUUUAUUUCUAAUCCUGUCUGAGGCCGGUAAUGUUAACAAUGAUGAGAGGAUUUAGGUGAUGAAAUUGGUAUUCAUUUGAUCGAUAGUUUUGUCAAUAAAAUUGAGUUUUGUCUGUUGGUGCACAACUAUGCUCCUUGUUUCUUCUCAGGGUAGCAAUGUAAGUAAUAAAUAUGGUUUUGAAUU